AGAAAAUGGGUCCAAAUUUUUUUAUAUGAAAGUAUUUUUAUUUAUCACAGUUUUAUUUUAAAAAUACUUCUGGUAUUUUGUAAAACAAAUAUUUAUCAGAUUCUUAAAGAAAACUAUUAGUUUGAAAAUUAAUAAAAAAAAAAAACAAAAAAUUGCCCAAGAGCUUAUGACACUAUUGUGCCAGCUCUAAAUCUGCGUAUUAAUAUCUUCAAACAGUAGACAUGUUAAAAAAAAUUAAGUUGAAAAAUAUAUAUAUAUCCAAAGAAAGUAUACUCUGCAUCUGGUCUUUUUCAAGAGUAUACAAAGUUUUAUAUUAUUUAUUUUUAAUUAAAUAUGAGUACACAAUCUCAAUGCUUCAAAAUUUAAGCAACAUUAAUAAAUAUAUUAAAAUCGAUUUCAGAUUAUCUAUUCAUACAUGAUACGUGUGAGUACACACAUAGAAACCCCCCGAUUUCACGAGGAACCUAAAACCCUCCAUGAAACGAGGUGGUCAGUAACUUGGAACACAAGUUUCACCAACUGUACUUCCCACUUAUCCUGCCGCCGAAUUUCCAUUCAACCCACACACAAACUCCUCAAAAUCAACUCUCUCUUUAAAAGGGCACUAAAGCCCACCAACACAUACUCUUAAAUUUAACAAUGGCUUUUGGAAACAUCCAAGAACCAGACGGGGAGAUCCUAAAGAAUGUUUGGGAGAACUUCAUCAGAAAACCAGAAACCGAUACAAGAUCAGUCCAUGUUCAAGAAGUUUCCACGACUUGGGAAGCAUUGCCAACACUUGAUGACAUAUCAAAAGAAUCAAAAGGAAGCCUUCCAACCAUAGAUAUGUCAAUGGAGGCCAAGGAAUGGGCCGAGAUUCUCGACUCCAUUGCUUCUUUCCCAAGCGAAACCAAUCAUGAGCCGUUAACCAACCCUACCGGUUCACGUUCUUUGCCUUCUUCGGUUUCUUGCAAAACAAGGAAAUACAGGGGAGUAAGGAGGCGUCCGUGGGGGAAGUUCGCAGCAGAGAUCAGGGAUUCGACGAGAAACGGUGUUAGAGUUUGGCUCGGGACGUUCCACACUGCAGAAGAAGCAGCUAUGGCUUACGAUAAAGCCGCGGUUAAAAUCAGAGGCGUCCAAAGAGCUCACACAAAUUUUCAACUCGAGACAGUUAUAAAAGCUAUGGAAAUGGAUUGCGGCUCAAGUUACUACCCGAUAAACCGCUCAAGUACCUCUCAACCUUUAAGAAACCACUGUGAAAUAGGAAAAUAUGCGAUUAGGGCUUAUGAUGAUAAAGUCGUUGAUGGGGUGGUCGACAACAGUUGUGCCCUUAGUUAUUGUUCAACUCAGGAAAUUAGCUUCGACAUCUGUGGAUUGGUUGGGAACGAAGAAGCUUGGUUAGGUUCAAGAAAGAGACAAAGAAGGGAUGAAGAUUGUAUAACGUUUCAAGAAGUUGAGACUGAUUAUAAGAAAAUGGCUAGCAGGGGAGAAGAUAAAUGUGAUGUGUUUGGUUUGUUUGAGUUUGAGGAAUUUGGAAGUGAUUAUUUGGACACAUUAUUAUCUUCUUUUUGACGGGAAAAUACAACAUUAAAGACUACAGGUUUUAAAUAUUAGUAACAAAUAACAAUUAAACAUACAUAUGUAUACAUGUAUAUAUUAUGUAAUCAUGUCAAAACAUUUUUUUUUUUAAUGUAAUGGGGUUCAAACCAAUUAAGUUUAUUCU